AUGCUACGCGGGAUCCAUGUCAACGCGCAGAGAGUCCUCGUCAGGCCAUCCAAGCAACGUCUCCCAUUCCUCGAGGUCGCCUCGAUCGCCCAGAUCCACGUUUCGCGCGUCCAGCCAUCUCGACGGGAUCGACCCCUGUUCCUAUCUGGGCCUGGUACCACCUUGCCGCUCCUGUUCAUCGACUCUCUAGCCCUGGAGACUGCAAGCCGGGCCAGAUUCGCAAUCUGUCCAGCGCAAUGUGCCUAUCACAAGCCGGAGCUCAGGAAGGAGGAAGAAGAAAUUUUCGAGCACUACGUAAGAUGGAUGGAGUUCAACGACCAUCGCUUUGCGACCAACCCCGAGGAAGGGGCCGAGUUCUACGACGGGGCACAAGUCUUGUACUAUGACUUGAUGGGCCUGAUUCCACGCGGUCGCUUCGUCGAACAUUUUUACCACAUUGGACCGUACUUCGCCAAGUCUCACAUCGGCUACAAGGACAUGGAAAUCAUUGCCACUGCUCCCGAUUUCGGAUUCUGCAACAUGGAACAGCAUUACUACGGCGUCAGCACCGACGGUCAUAAGUUUGACUUUAAAUUUCGAUACACUGGCCUGCUGAAAAAGAGAGAUGGUGUCUGGAGGUGGAUCCAGGAACAUGUCUCGUUCCCGGCCAAUAUUGCCACCCAAAUGGCCGAUUUCACCUGCAGUCAAGACGCUGGCGAACAUUUGAGGAUGAAAGACGAGGAUAACAAGAAGAGAGAGGAGCUCGACAAGGCUCAGGCCUAG